AUGUCGCCCAACGAGAUUCGCGGCCGUCUGGCCCUCAUCACUGGCGCAUCGGGAGGUAUCGGAUCAGCUUGUGCAGACCAGCUCGCACAACAUGGUGUCCACCUCGCCCUAACCUAUUCCACCAACCUCGACGCCAUGAACGCAGUCGUAAAAGACCUCCAAUCCAAAUACGCAGAGCACAAGCUCCGCAUCUCCAUCCACCAAGUCGACGUCGGCUCAGCCGACCAAAUCGAAUCCAUGUUCCAGCAAAUCGACAAAGAGCACGGUCAGCGACCGGACAUUCUCAUCUCCAACGCUGGAUACGGCAAGCGCUUCCCCAACGUGUGGGAUAUUACCCUCGAGGAGUUCGAUUACACGUUGAACAUUAACCUCCGCGCUUCUUUCAUCCUUGUCAAGGGUGUGGUUGAACAUAUGAAGACCCAGCGUUGGGGUCGAAUCGUGUUUAUGUCCUCGAUUGCUGCGCAAGGAGGUGGCAUCAAUGGAUGUCACUACGCCGCAUCCAAAGGUGGUCUCACUGGUAUGAUGAAAAAUCUCUCCACUCGUCUCGCCGAAUUCAACAUCAGCGUCAAUGACGUUGCGCCCGCUAUGAUCGGUGAUACGGGUAUGAUCCCUAAUGCGGCGGCGAUCCCCGAGGUCGCGGCUGGUAUUCCGCUGCAGAGACUGGGGACGCCGGAGGAGACGGCUAAUGUUGUUACUAUGUUGUGUAAAACGGGGUAUAUGACUGGUCAGAGUCUCCUGUUGGCUGGGGGGUUGAAAUAGAAAUAGCUUAUAUGCAUAUGUUUGAUAUGAAAGCAAUGUGAAUAU